UCGCUCCCUAGGUUUUGCAAAGGACCGGCAGCGAAAUGGAUACAAGCGAAGAAAGCUACGGACUCCAAGGAGAAGAAGAGGAGGAGGAGGAGGAAGACGAUGAGCUGAGUUCGUUCAAUCUCAGCGAUGAAGUCCAAGACUUGGAGGAGCAGCUCUCCCAGAUCCAAGUCCAUAUCCCUGAAGUUUUAUAUGAGUUUGACUGGAAAUCCGUGGACACCUCCAACCUCCCGGAGUCUUACCGGACCAAUACGCCCAAGGAGCAGCUGGUCUUGCAAGUGGCCGACAACUUUCACCGCCAGUAUGCCCACCUCUGCCCGGACCGUGAGCCGCUCUUCCUCCACCCCAUAAACGAAUGUGGCGUGGAAAAAUUUGUGAGUACGACGGUGCGCCCGACUCUGCUGCUCUACUCAGAGUUGUACAAUUGGGAUGGCUGCGCCCGCUUCGUGUCGGACUAUCUCACCAUGGAGCCCCUUCCAUCACCCAUAGCACCGCCCAGUUACCUCUAUUCCCCGACCACCAUCCUGCGCUACCAGCGGGGCAACUGCUUCGACUUCAGCGUCCUCCUCUGCUCCUUGCUGAUCGGCGCCGGGUACGACGCCUAUUGCGUGAAUGGCUAUGCCACCCGGGAGAUCUGCAUGAUGGAUGAGUCCAGAGAGGUGUGCCCUCUCCUGAAGAAAUCGGAAGAGGUCAUCGAAGAAGCUGCCGUAGAAAAGCCGAAGAAAUAUGCUGUCAAGCCACCACGGGAUCUGAACAGCAAAUACGAGCAGCAAGAAAGAGACAAAAUAUUGGCCACAGAGAAGGCAGCGGAGGACAAGAAGAGGAAGGAGGAAGAGGAAAAAAUAGCAGAAGCCCAGAAGCCCGUUCCGGACACUCUGUAUGGCCUACGAGUCCACGCUUGGGUCUUGGUCCUUUCGGGCAAACGAGAAGUCCCCGAAAGUUUCUUUAUUGACCCUUUCACCGGGAAGAGCUACCCCACCACAGAUGACCACUUCCUUGGCAUCGAGAGCGUCUGGAACCACAGGAAUUACUGGAUCAAUAUGCAAGACUGCUGGAACGCUUGCAGGGACCUCCAGUUUGACCUUGGUGACCCAGUGCGUUGGGAAUUCAUGCUUCUGGGUGCCGAUAAGCCUCUCCUCUCGGUGCCGGACGUGGAAGAGGAAGAGGAAAUGGGGGAUGACGAAAUAGAAAUUUUGCUUAAAGAAGAGGAGCCAAAGAGUUUUGACAUGCCUGCUUCUUGGGUGGAGCCGAUCCAGAUAACUCAAAAAGAGUUUGAGACCCGGUGCCCACAGGGCAAGAAGGUGAUCCAGUACAAGAAUGCCAAGUUGGAGACAUGGUCACCAUAUCUGAACAGCAAUGGAUUGGUUACACGGCUCACUGUCUAUGAGGAUCUAGACUGUACCAAAAAGCUGGUAAUAAAGGAGUGGUUCAAGAACCGAGAAGACGUGAUGGAUAUGAGAGAACUGAACAAGCAAACAGAUUGGAUAACGGAGUUCUUCCUCCCCGGACACGCACAUGGUCUCAAAGAGCUUGAAUUCUGGAUCCUCAGCGCGGUGGUUUCGGCCUCCAUCGCCAUCGGCUUCGUCUUGACUGCUGUUGCCAAAGCCAUGAAGAAAUGA